AUGGCAGCAAAACAGGAAAAUUUGGCAGCCAAAAUCCCAGAAAUAGUGUUGAAUUCAGGCCACAAAAUGCCAGUGAUUGGUUAUGGAUGUGGAGGCAGUAAAGCACCUCCAAUGGAGGAACUGAUAUCAGUUUAUGUUAAGGCUAUGGAGAUUGGUUACAGGCACUUUGACACAGCAUCUUUCUAUGGAACAGAAGAAGCCUUAGGAAAAGCAGUGGCUAAGGCAUUGGAAAUUGGUUUGAUUCAAAAUAGAGAUGAAUUGUUCAUCACUUCUAAACUCUGGAUUACUCAUACUCAUCAUGACCUUGUUCUUCCAGCUCUUAAGCAAACUCUCCAGAGACUGGGGCUAGAGUAUUUGGACCUUUACCUAAUUCACAUGCCACUGAGAGUUAAGCAAGAGGCUAAUGCAUUCGAGCUUAAAGAAGGCGAUGGUCUGCCUUUCGAUAUGCUUGGGACUUGGAAGGCCAUGGAAGAUUGCUACAAAUCUGGAUUGACCAAAUCUGUAGGUGUGAGCAAUUUCUCUUGUGAAAAAAUCUCCAAAAUCCUUGAAAACGCCACCAUCCCACCUGCUGUUAAUCAGGUGGAAAUGAAUGUUGGUUGGCAGCAGCGAAAAUUAAUGCCAUUUUGCAAAGAGAAAGGAAUUCAGGUGUGUGCAUAUUCCCCACUUGGAGCUUAUGGUAAAUCUAUAUAUGGCUCCAAUGCUGUCAUGGAGAAUGAAAUUCUCAAAGAUAUCGCAGCUUCAAAGAGCAAGACCAUUUCUCAGGUGGCACUGAGAUGGAUAUAUGAGCAAGGAGUAACCCCAAUCGUGAAGAGUUUCAAUGCAGAAAGGAUGAAGCAAAACCUCCAAAUAUUUGAUUGGCAACUCAGCAAAGAAGAGAAUGAUCAAAUUCUGCAGAUCCCUCAGCUUAGAGUCGCUAAUGGAGAUAUUUUCAUUAUAAAAAAUGGGCCCAUUAAAUCGAUUGAAGAAUUAUGGGAUGGCGACAUUUGA